AAUAGUUAUCGACCUCCAUAUAUUUUGCCGCCAUAUUGGUAGUUUCGUUUUCGCAAGAAUAGUUCAUAUUUAACAGUCGGAUCAACAACUAUUCUAAGCAUGGCUGCAGCUUUAGAGGUAACAGUGAAUAAAGGAUCGGAUGCAGUUUAUGAUUAUGUAUGUUCAGUUUGCGAGGAAAGUAACACUUUGACCGAAGCCAAGUUCAACUGUGAACGUUGUUAUAAGUUCUACUGUGACGGUUGUGUUGACCUACAUAAUCAGUUGUUUAAGACACACUCUGUUACCGGAAGAGAGAAUAAAAACGCAUGGCCGGUUUCUAAGGCAACAAAACAUAUCAUAGAAAAAUGCUCUGCACAUAAAAACGAGAAAUUGAAGAUGUUUUGUGAAAAUCACAGUGAGUUGUGCUGUCAUUUGUGUAUUCUUCAAGGUCACAGAACAUGUCAAAGUGUGGUGCAGAUUGUCGAAAAGUCAAAAGAAAUCAAUACAAGGGGCGACGUCUCUCUUCUGAUUGGGGAGAUAACAAGACACAUAAAGGAUUUAGACGAACGGACAAACACAACGGAAGAAAUGCUCAAGAACCUUCAAGAUUCGUAUCAAAUUGCCCUUGAAGAACUUAAAGCUAUCAGGAAGAAAAUUGUUGAUUAUUUAGACGAUCUUGAGAAGAAAACGAUCAAAGAAUUAGAACAAGUAUUAAAAAUCUUACAAGAGUCCUACAUGUCAGAUAUAGACACUUGCAAGAAGGUUAAAAAUGACUUACAAUAUCUCUCGGGUUGUAUUCGAGAUAUCGCUGGCAAGAACGAGCCAUUGACAUAUAUAUCCUAUAUUAAAUGUCUGAACAAAAUAAAUGCAUUUAAAAAAGGGUAUCCGCGAAGCGAAAAGACUAAUGUGUUAUUCAAACCAAAUAAACAAUUUGAAGAUUUAAUUUCUAAGAGGCCAGUAUUUGGGACAAUUUCUAGCACCAACUUAAAAAAAGAAUUAGCCGAUGCAAACGCACUUCUUACUGUGAACAAUUCUUCAAAGCAUUGUGUUCAAUUGAGUUCUCUUUAUGUGUCUGGUAUCACUGAGUUACCAAGCGGAGGUUUGCUAAUGACAGACUAUAGCAAACAAAAAGUUACAUUGUUAGACACAAAUAACAAAGUAACUGACAGCUGUGCCCUCUCAAAUGGACCAUGGGCAAUAUGUACCGUGGGUGUCGACGAUGUAGCUCUGACCGUCGGUAAAAGUGUGCAGUUCCUUAAAGUACGUAACAAUCGCAUUGAAAUGGGAAGCGUCUUACAGCUACAGCACUCAUGUGUUGGCAUUGCACAUCAUGAUAAUAUGCUGUACAUAACAUCAAAUCAUGCCCUGUAUAGAUACUCACGAGAAGGUGUGCUGCAGAAGAAGUUGUAUGAGGAUACUAGUGGAGGCAAUGCAGUUUUUCAGUGCGCCGUCAGUCCUGAUGGUGAUACCAUCUAUGUUACAAACUACACUCACCAUAAGCUACUGACUUUGGACAAACACGGGACGCUGCUUGCGUCGUUUUCUGAUCCGGAACUACAAAAUUCGUUUGGAAUAUAUGUGACUGAUGCAGGGCAUGUUAUAGUUAGUGGUUACGCCUCACACUCAAUCCUUCAGAUAUCCAGAGAUGGUAAAAAGAAGCUGGCUACCUUGCUGACACAUAAUGAUGGCAUGAAGAAUCCUACAUGCGUAUUCGUGUGCAAACAUAAUGGGUCGAUCAUAGUGGGACAAGAUAGUGAUAACAUUCUGAUGUUUAAAUGCACAUGACCCUGAACCAUAUAGAAUCAAUAAAUCGUAGGCAAGAAAUAUAGUCAUGUUUAGAUAUUAUUGUAUUCAAUAACCGCAUUGGAAGUUAAUUUCCAAAUUUAAGUACUGUAGUUUGGAAGAGUGGAUUUUAUCUUUGAGGGUACUUGAUUUUAUCGCAAGGGAAACACUACGAUUUAUUAUAUCAUAGUUUCUUAUUAUUUGAUAUGAAUACGAGUAUAAGUGGUUGAAUGCAACAUUUUUCGGCAAGGACGAAGGUCCAUUAUCUUGAAUAUUGUCUCAUUUUAAUAUAAAGUGACUGCACUUCAGUAACACUCUUCGGACAUUACCAACUGUCCGGCACAAGCCACGAGUCGUGUUGUGGUACAUACCGGUAUAACAAAUAAUAUCAUGCGUCACAAUUUGUAGGUUAAUAUUUGUUGCUGUGUUUAUUGCUUGUAUAAUUGAUUUAUUGUUAUUGUGUAUUUUCCCUGUUAAGUGAUUUUAUUUAAGGUUAAAUUGGCUGUUUGGCAAGCUGUUACAGUUGUUCAAACCACCAAAGCAUUUCUGGAGAUCACAUAUAUAUCUUAUUGAUUGAUAGUUUUAUGCUGUUGUAUGUAAUUAAUAUCUUGGGAAGGAAUUUGAUAAGGGGUAUAUACAAAAAGGACUUACAAAUCGUUUGUGUUAUGGUCAUGUAUCCGCUAUUUCUUGUGUUCCUAUAUUUUGUAAAAUAAUUUUCUGUUAUUUAAGUGUAACAUUACAAUAUAAAUUUAGUAUUAUAGUUUGGUGAUCUACAAUAAGAAUAUACGACAUCGGUUCCCGAUAAAAUAAUAAUUAUUGUCUAAAGAUGCUUAUCCGAUAUGUAUAUAAUGGUGAAACAAUUUGGUUUAAAUGCAGUGUGUGCUCAUUUAUUGUGUAAUUCAUUUAUUUAAUCCGAUCGUUGAAUAUCGCAAAACUACGUAUACAAUUGGCAAAAGUGUUAUGAUGUAUUGUAUUCAUGGACUUGUAAACGAGACUAGCUUUGAAUGGAUUAUCAAAUUUAUAUAGCCAUUUUAAUUGGAUAAUGAAAACAUUUUCAAGUUUUAUGAACUAUGUGAAUAAAUGUGUAUAUAGUGUGAGUGGUGACAAAUGAAUUUUGUUAAAUAUUCAUGAAUGUUUAUAAUAUUGAUCCUGGCAUGAUCUUUGAAAUGCAUUUUUUUAAAUUAAAUCAAUUGAAGUGUAGCGUGCACUAACCACGCCUACUUGCAGGGCACGCCCCGGCAUGAAAGCCUGUGCGAAAACAUGUACAACGGGGAAUUUGAUUUGUAUGCUUGAGAGUACG